AUAAAAAAAUUGAAAGGAUAAAAUUAAACUCCCCAGAAUCGAAAGGAUAAUGAUUGAAAUAUUGAUGUUCUCUCCACCUGAUUGAAAUUGUGAUGUCAAAAUUGAUUCAUAAACCCGUCGAAUUCAGAUUUCAGAGUGAAAAUAAAAAAAUUGACUGAAUAUCUCUCUACCUUGUAUAUCUGUCGCCUGUCGUCUACUGUUUCAAUUCAGCCUUUUUUCAGAUAAAUAAAAAUGAGAAGAAAAAAAAAUAACGGCAAAUGCCACAGUUCACGAAAUGACCGAAUUCCGUCAAGCGCAGUUAACGAUUUUUAUUAACUGUCCGACUUGAUAAUACAAGCCGCGAGCGAAUACUGUCAACGUCCAUUAUUAGCAGCGUAGAAUUAAAAACAAAUUUCCGGUAUAAGUGACAGGUAGGAUUAACCGUCCGUUUCGCGUUUAAUUUAUUUAAAACAACUGAUACAAUUCCCACCCUAGGAGUAAAAAUGAAUAAAUCAAUUGACCGGGGUUGGGAGGAGAAUCAUUAGCCGGUGAAAUCCGAUCCUAAUGACACUUUAACGAGCUCGAAGAAAAAAAAAUUAAAUAAAACAACAGCCUCCCGGGAGGAAAAAGACAAAAUGGGAGGAAAUCAGAGGGGGAGGUUUACCUUUGGCUCGGUAGAUCAGUCGGUCUACACGUCGACCAGUAUCACUGAUCCAUCCAUUCGUAUCGAGGAGGUGCACGUCAUCGAUAUUAAUUUCUUUUGUUUUAUCUCCUCGGUGUUCACGACAGUUUUUUUUUUAGUUUCCUCUCACCCCAGUGAAUUAAAUUCCAAGGAAGCGUCUUUUCUCGCGUCAGUGAAUAUCGGUAGUAUUCCUCACUUUAGAGAUAUAAUCAAUUUUUUAAUUGACAGAGGAUGAGGGAUUUAAUUUUUUAUAUCUUCAUUAAAAUUUCAUAAGUAAUAAAUCUAUUGGUUCUUUAAAAUGAUUAGUAUUAUGGAGUUGUUAAAAGUUGUCUUAUUCUGUUAUAUUUUAAAACACAAUCUUACGUUUUAAAACUGAAACAUUUUUCCCUGUCUCCGUUAACCCUGGACCCACUCCAUAUUUUGUCAAUAAAAUGCCAGACACGAAAGCAAUCCUCUUGAAAUAAUUAUUGGCAAGUUUAAAUAAAUAAGUCAGUAACGAAGUGACCAAGCUGGAGGUAUUAUUCAAUCGUCCGUUUAUUUCGGAAGUAAAUUGGUCUGAAAGGGAAAUAUCGUGGUUUUUUUUACAACUGAUGAAAACUUAAACAAAAAUAUCUCUCGACGUUUUCCUGAACUCUUGCAUCAACUAUUUACUCUUCAAUUUUUCCCCUCAAAUUUCCUGAUUAAUAAGGGUAACAACGAGCAACAAACAAAAAAUCACUCCUCCAUUGAGAAACCCGAUUCACGCUAAUCAAAAAAAAAAAAAAAUCCGAGUAUGGAAAUGGCACAAGAGCCUCGAAAAUCGACUAAAAGCCUAAUUGAAAAAUCCCCCAACCAAUUUGAAAACAGUGAUGCAACAGAGCUCAGCUGACAAGGGGUUGAAUCUCAAGAGGUGCAGAAGUAGAAGAAGAAGUAAAAAAAAAACAUCUAUUCGAUUCACCCAAGAAAGUCCUCAUGUUUUCCUCUUUCCUCCGCAUCAACUGGGAAACAUGCUCGCGUCACACAUACCGUUUUCUCUCCCAGGGGGUGAAAACGAAGAGGCAAAGGAGGGAGAAAACCCCGCAGCCCAAAGAACCGAGAGAGAGACGAGGAGAGAAGAGAGCGAAAAAAAAAAACAACUACAUAAAACGAUAAAAUGUGUGGGUAGUGGAAAGCGUUGGUGUAUCGCGCACUCGCGGAGGCAAAACAGACGUUGAGUUGGUACUUGGUGCUUCUGAUUGGCCGAGUAACGACUGACGUAAGUCGCUUUAUCGACCAAUGAGAAACACCGGCGCGGCCUCGUAAGCUUUCCCCCCAAGCUAACUGUUCCCUCCACAUGUGUUGGUACAUGCACACCAUCUAUGCUGAUGGAUGUGUGAGUGUGUGUAUGUGUAUGUGUUUGUCCGACUUGCCGAAAAGCACUGGUUGAAGCAGGCAGCGAGUCGUCGCGACUGGUACACGACGGCCGGCCGCUGGCUCCUCUCUCGCUAAGAGCCACACGCACGUUGUCAUACUUGAAGAGAAUCGAGUUUGAGUCUGACGAUAAAAUAAAGCGUUAAUAAAUUCACUGAGUAAAAUCAACGAGAGGAAAAUUCUCGGACUGUCCAGUUGUUUUCACCUUCAACAAUCGAGUUUCAGUUUGAUAAUGUGCUGAACAGGGAAAAAAAAAAUUACUUAAUCGUUUCGUUUCGAAGUGGAUGUUGGUAAAUUUGAUAUUGCGAGGAAAAAUCCGGCAUUUGAGCCGUCAAGUGGCGAACGAAGGGCGGAUUCUCCAGUUUAAUUGGAGGAAUAAACAUAUCAGCGGUGAUGUUGAGUUGUGGAUGGUUUAAGUGAAACAGUGAGAUAAAGGUCAGCCACGGUAUCACGAGAUUUUCCGAUUGAAGGGAUUUUUUAGAGAUUUGAAUAUCAGUAACUCCCUCUGGAGGGCGAAAAAUCUCACCGCCAGUGGAGCGUGUGCACUGUAACAGUGUUGUAGGGGCCGUGAAGUGGAUAACACUGGGGGCUUCAUCACUUUGAGCGAUAAGGAAAUUUCUAAGCUCUCGGUGAUAUACCCGAGACAUCAGCUACAGACUCUACCAUUGUUUUGAUACGUCUUUGUGCACACGUGCCAUUUAUUUUCUCUCUUGUUUUUGUAUGAAGUGUGUGGGGUGUUUUCGGACUAGAACACGUGACUUUUUGUUUUCGCGCUGCCGGGGGUUGGGGGAGAAUGGAUUUCACUAAGGUUUUUCUAGUUCACUUCUAGUCGAUUUUUUUUUGCUCCUGCGUUUCGGUUUAUUUACGCCAGCGGAAUUGCGGACUUCUGCGGAACACCGCGGGCUUUCGGGGUGAUUUUCGGUGACUAACGGCAGAAGAUUUAAACGUGGGUGUGCGACAGGAUGUGGUGAUGGGUUUCCCGAUGGUUUGACACUGAAUUGUGAAUUACGUGUACUCAAGUGCCUGAAUUGUAUCAGUUUUUUUUUUGUUCGUAAUUCUUUGUUUACACUUUCAUUGACAUUUGUACACCGAUUUUUUUAUAUUCGUGUACACAUAUGCGAGAUCAAGACAACAACUUUGAAUUUGUGUUUUUAACAUUCCAUCCGGAUAUUUAAAGCCACUCUCACUGGUCCUCAAGAAGCAGCAACGAUGGGUAGAAAAAAGAUACAAAUUUCUCGUAUCACGGACGAGCGGAAUCGUCAGGUGACAUUCAACAAGCGGAAAUUUGGUGUUAUGAAGAAAGCUUACGAAUUAUCAGUACUCUGUGACUGUGAGAUUGCACUGAUAAUAUUCAGCUCGAGUAACAAACUCUAUCAAUAUGCCAGCACUGACAUGGACAAAGUACUACUCAAGUACACGGAGUACAACGAACCACACGAGUCACUCACCAAUAAGAACAUUAUCGAGGCGCUCAACAAGAAGGAGCAUAAGGGCGCAAUGUCACCGGAGAGUCCGGAGCCGGACACUAACGAAUACAAUCUCACACCACGUACCGAGGCCAAGUACACGAAGAUCGACGAGGAGUUUCAGAUGAUGAUGCAGAGGAACCAGCACAAUGGGACAAGGGGUAUGGGACAAUCGAAUUACACGCUGCCAGUCACUGUACCGGUUAAUACUUACGGUGAAUCACUGCUUGGAUCUAGUCCGCAAAUGGCUCAUACUAGUAUUUCACCGAGACCAUCAUCAUCUGAAACUGAUUCAGUUUAUCCACCAGGUGGAAUGCUAGAAAUGAGUAACGGCUAUCCACCGUCAGCCUCACCCCUGGGUGGCUCACCAUCCCCAGGGCCAUCACCAGCUCUUGUUGUUGGUGGUAACAAGGGUGCAAAUCCGUCCCGCCACUCACCCCAACCGCCUCCACCUCCUCAUCCACACAGGGCUAAUUUACGAGUCGUUAUACCCACUCCACUGUCACAAUCGCUCUCUGAAGAUACCAGUUACGAUGUAAGAUUUUUGUCUGGGGGCCACACGCAGACUGCACUCAAUACACCGGUUGUUGCGCUACAGACACCAUCGGUGGCAGCUGGCUACUCGAGUUUCGGAUCAUCAGAUUAUUCCUCAGAUCUCGGGAGUCUAACGUGGUCCCAUCAGAGGUACGUUGAUGACUUGUCAAUGUAUUCGGCAGCCACCAUGUCAAGCAUCAGUAGCCUUCCUCACUUAGCCGUGUCCAGUAGCACACCGCCGCCAUCGACGUCUCCCCUACCGGUGAAAAUAAAGAGUGAACCAAUCAGUCCACCCCGUGAUCCCCUCGGCAAUGCUGGUGGUGGUGCUGGAGGUCCAAGUAGUUUGCAUCAUACAAAUUUAACUGUAGGAUCUGUAACAACAACCGGACCACCACCACAGCAUCACGUAACCCACACAGUACCCCAAACCCUGAAUCUCGUGUCUAGCCGGCCAACAAGUAAUCCAACCCCAACGCAUUCAGGCAGUAUAACACCAACAAAUUUACCAUCGCCGAGUAAUGCUGGUAAUGUUGACAUGAGAACGAGUCAUGGUACUGGGGGUAACGGUGGUGGUAGUGGUUCAGACUAUGAGAAUGGACCGUUGAUGAAACGAUCUAGGAUUACAGAAGGAUGGGCUACCUAAUGCCGGCCAUUUUUAAGGCCCUACUGGUCCUACUCAGCUUCGUCGUACAACGGCUAAUAAUGAAGGAACAAGAAAUAAUCAUAAAUUAUAUUGUUAGGGUGACAAUGAGUUGAGUGACACGAAGGUGGCCGAUGGGCUCUGAGGGCUCGUGGAGGGUUCGCCAAGUACGAAGAGUUGUUUUUUUUU